GCAUGUGAAUCAAAUAUUACCCACCCCUUGGACUUAAAAACAACUAAUUUCCUAGAGACAAGGAUUGCCUCCAAAUUUAGAGACUUUAUGAGGCACCACAAGCUGUACUCAUUGGUUAUUAUUAUUAUAGUGAGAAUAAACCAAGUAUCUUCCCAUUCCAUCUCUUAUUUAAAACUUAUUUCAGCUUCAAAGAAAAUCCUUAGAGUCAUGGCUUUUUUCUACAAGAACACCUUGUCUAUGUGCCUUCAAUUGACUACAAUUUUUUGCAUUUGUUUGGUCACCACUUUCUCUGAGCUCCACAGGUUUCAACACAAGUUGAAAGAUGCUGGAUCACUUAAGUUCUUGGUGGUUGGAGAUUGGGGCAGAAAAGGGUUGUACAACCAAUCUGAAGUCGCUUUUCAGAUGGGAAGGGUUGGACAGGAACUAAAUAUUGAAUUUGUGAUCUCCACUGGAGAUAAUUUCUAUGAUAAUGGAUUGACCAGUGUAAAUGACCCAGCAUUUAAGGAGUCAUUUACACAAAUCUACAGUGCAGAGAGCCUACAGAAGCAGUGGUAUGCUGUUUUGGGCAAUCAUGAUUACAGGGGUGAUGUGAAGGCACAAUUAAGUCCUGUGCUGAGGAAGAUUGAUCGAAGAUGGCUUAUCCUGAGAUCUUAUGUUCUUAAUGCAGGAAUUGCUGAAUUCUUCUUUGUGGACACCACUCCUUUUGUUGAUGUCUAUUUUGAUGACCCUUUACACCAUAGAUAUGAUUGGCGAGGAAUAUCUCAUAGAGAGACUUACCUUGCUAGACUUUUGAAGGAUUUGGAAUCAGCAUUGAGCAGUUCAAAAGCUAAGUGGAAGAUUGUUGUUGGUCAUCAUGCAAUGAGAAGCGUAAGUCACCAUGGCGAUACUCAAGAAGUCGUUGAGAGGAUCCUCCCCGUACUCAAGGCCAACAAUGUUGAUAUGUAUGUGAAUGGGCAUGAUCAUUGCCUGCAACACCUCAGUUGCUUGGACAGUCCAAUCCAAUUUAUAACAAGCGGAGCAGGUUCAAAGGCAUGGAGGGGUGAUGUUAAAGAUCAUCACAACCGUUGCGCGAUAAACUUCUUUCAUGAUGGACAAGGCUUCAUGUCAGUGCAGAUGACACAGACUAACGCAGAAAUGGUGUUCUAUGAUGUGUUUGGCAAGGUUAUUUAUCGAUGGAACGUUGCUAAGCAGCUCGUCUCUUCCAUGUAAAUAUUUGCUGAGAGGAAGACAUAUAAACUAUAAAGUAUACAAGCAUAAUAUAUAUAGUGAUUCAGAUGUGUUAAUUUGAAUGUUUUUGUACCAUUACUGGAUUCUCCAUAUUUAUUCAUGGCCUUAUGGUCCUCUGUGGCCUAUACAUAUGUUUGACCUUGUAGAACAAACACUAUAUGUACAAAAGAGAUGCAUGUAUUUUACAUGUAUAUGAAGCAUAAACAUAGAGUUUUCCUUUUCUUUU